CACAGUGCCUGUGAGUCCGGGUGCACGGGAGCGAGCGGGGCACGGGCGGGGACCGAGGACGGGGUCACGCCUUAAACCGACGACGGACGGUGAGCGAGGGCGGCGGUAAACGGUUAGUUGUACACAGGCGCCAUGAAGUUGAUGGUGGAUUUCGAUGAGUGUCUGAAGGACUCUCCCCGUUUCAGAGCUGGAUUAGAAGAUGUUGAAGGGGAUUUUGCUGAAUUGGAGUCAAAACUAGACAAGGUUGUUAAGCUGUGUGCUGGAAUGAUAGAUGCUGGAAAGAACUUUUGUAAUGCUAACAAGCAGUUUGUAAAUGGAAUUCGUGAGCUUGCCCAUCAGUCUACCAAAGAUGAAGUUAUUGAGAACAGUCUGAUGAGGUUUUCCGAGAGCCUUCACGAGAUGGUCACUUUCCACGUGAUUCUGUUUGACCAAGCCCAAAGAUCCAUCAAGUUACAACUUCAGACAUUUGUUAAAGAGGAUCUUAGAAAAUUUAAAGAUGUUAAAAAACAGUUUGACAAGGUCAGUGAAGAGAAAGAAAAUGCAUUAGUGAAAAAUGCUCAAGUUCAAAGAAAUAAGCAGCAUGAAAUGGAAGAAGCUACGAACAUCCUAACAGCAACACGCAAGUGCUUUCGACAUAUAGCACUGGACUAUGUUUUACAGAUCAAUGUCCUUCAAUCAAAGAGAAGAUCUGAAAUUUUAAAAUCGAUGUUGUCCUUUAUGUAUGCCCAUCUUGCAUUCUUUCAUCAAGGAUAUGACCUUUUUAUGGAACUGGAGCCUUACAUGAAGGAGUUGGGAGGUCAGCUGGAUCAGUUAGUUGUGGAUGCAGCUAAAGAGAAGAGAGAUAUGGAACAAAAACAUUCCACUAUUCAACAAAAGGCUGCACUUCAGGAUUUCUCCAGCGAUGAUCCUAAGAUAGAAUUUAACAUUGAUGCUGCUAAUGGCAUAGUCAUGGAAGGAUAUUUAUAUAAACGAGCCAGCAAUGCCUUUAAAACAUGGAACCGGCGUUGGUUUUCAAUUCAGAACAACCAGCUUGUUUAUCAAAAGAAGUUUAAGGAUAACCUCACAGUAGUAGUUGAUGAUUUACGGCUUUGCACAGUCAAACCGUGUGAGGAUAUUGAAAGGCGCUUCUGUUUUGAAGUAGUCUCUCCUACAAAGAGCUGUAUGCUGCAAGCAGAUUCUGAGAAAAUCCGACAGGUCUGGAUAAAAGCUGUUCAAGCUAGUAUAGCUACAGCAUACAAAGAGAAAGGAGAAGAGAGCUAUGCUGAAUACUUUUCAUAUUAUACUAUUGUAAGGCUUGAGAAGGAAUCUUGGAUCAAAGCUAAGUAUGUUGAGAAGAAAUUUGUGGAGAAAUCCUAUAGAGUAUCUUCAACAAAAGGAAGUUCACAGGUGUUACCACUGUCCAGGCAACGUGAAGGCACAUCUGAACAAGCCUCUGAAUCUUUGACUGUACCAGGGAGCCAUUCCAAAUUUUCAGCAGCUGUUAGUAACACUGAGCCACGUCGGGAGUCUCUCUUCUGUCCAGAUGAGCUAGACUCGCUAUUCUCCUACUUUGACACCUCUUCAAAAUCUAGUAGUAAAAUUUUGGAAGCAUCUACUAUGGAGGGAGGUGGAAGGAAUUCAUCUGUCUUUGAAGAGACAAUUAUUUCUCCUGGAUUGCAAUUGUAUAGAGCUGCUUAUGUUCGAAGUCUUCCUGAUAUGGCAGAAGCAUUAGCCCAUGGAGCUGAAGUAAACUGGGUUCAUGCUGAAGAUAAUAAAGCAACUCCUCUUAUUCAGGCUGUGUUGGGGGGCUCUUUGGUUGCCUGUGAAUUUCUGCUACAGAAUGGAGCAGAUGUGAACCACAGAGACUGUCAUGGCAGAGGACCACUUCAUCAUGCCACCAUUUUGGGUCAUACUGGGCAGGUGUGUUUGUUCCUGAAACGGGGAGCUGAUCAAGGUGCAUUAGAUGAAGAAAUGAAGGACCCACUUGCCAUUGCAAUAGAAGCUGCAAAUGCUGAUAUAGUUACAUUGUUGCGUCUGGCAAAGAUGAAUGACGAGAUGCGAGAAUCUGAAGGCCUUGGACAGUCAGGUGAUGCAACCUACCAGGAUAUUUUCCGAGACUUUUCCCACAUGGCCUCUCAUAACCCAGAAAUAUUAAAUCGUUUCCAGCGGAGAUCAGAGACUGAUUAAGUUUUAUCACUUGACAGCUGCAAUCAUUCUUUCAGUGCAAUCAUCUUGAAGCAUAUUCAUCAAUUCAUGUCAUUAUCCAAAGCAAAAAUACAUUGAAGAUUUGAGUUUUAAAUAUAACUAUUAAAUAUGAAGGAGCUUUUACUUGCAAGCAGGUGCAGUGAUUUAUUAUACUCUGAAGUAUGCUGUCUAUGCAAACAACCAACCUUUGCACUUUUUAUUAUUAUCUUUGAGUUGAAGCUAAAAUCUUCUGAGGUGUUUCACCAGUGGGAGAUGUGCAAAUAGAAUGGGUGUUCAAGUUGAACAGAACUUUUGAAAUUUUUGUGUACCCAAAUUAUAGGAAGGAUAAUUCCAUCUCUUUGCUCACCAGACCAUUUUUAAAAUCAUUCUAAAGAUGUCUGCAUUUGGUGAUGGGUCAACUGCAGAGCAGUUGGGUACAUCUCAUAAAGGGAAAAUACUGGUAACAAAAGUGCUUUUAGCAACGGUAAACUCUUAUUAGGACUGUACCCUUAAAUUUAUUUCUUUUUGCAGAGUGAAUGUCACAAAUCUGUUUCAGGGGAUAUUUUCAUAUUUCCAAAAGCUUUGUAUAUUCUUUAUCUCCAGAAAUUUUUUAAUUGUAGCAUUUUAUAUAUCUUGAUUUUAAAUACUUUGUCUUCUGUCCACAUUUGGCUAUAAUACACAGUUAUUGAUUUGGUGUACUGUGUACAUAACUUUAAGUCUAUAAAUUGUAUUUACACCUCAAGAUGUGUAUUAUGAUAAAUUGCUAAAUGAGAAUUGGGAUUACUGGAGAACCAGCUGCAUAUUGCACCAUUAAGUCAAUUCAAAUGUUAAAUAGUACAUAACUUCUAAGUUUAUUUUUGGUUCGUUGUUUUUCGAUGGAAUGAAAAUCUGUUGUCUUAAUUGUAUUGCAAUUGCUACAACUCUGGAUAAACUUAAAUGUUCCCUACUCAUUUCCAAUGGUCAAACCAUUUUCAGUAGUUAGAAUGCAGAUAUAUUAACAUUCCUGAUUUUUUUUCUUUCACCAAUGUUGAAAGAAUCAGGUGGCAGCAGCUUUUGAAAUAAGUUUGCUAUUUAAUGGUGCUGCAAUGGAAGGAACAGCUGGUUUAUUCAGUGUUCUUGUAAACAGCUAUGAAGAUUUCUUAAGUUUAAAAUGAAUCAUUUGGAAUGAGGAUGCUUGGAAAACCACAUUUUUAAUCAUUUUGUUAAAAGUUGUAUCCCCAUGUUGAAGUCAUAUACUGUGUGAAUAGACAUUCCAAUGAAACUUCAGAAUAUGUUCAGACAUGGAAAAACACAAACUUUUUUUAGUGGUGUAGUUUCUUGUUUUGGUGCUUGUUUUAGUACAUUUUUACAAAAGAAUUUAUCAUUAAAACUUUAUUGAAGUAUACUGAAAAUAGACGAAAUACAUUAUAAGCUUCAAAGCAGUCAAGCAAUGUAACAUGUACAUUACUUAUUUUAAUCUUUGUAAGGCCAGUAAGCAUCUGAAACUGCUUAUCGAUCAGUAGGAUGAGGGUUAGUGCAUGGAAUUAUUGUGUAUUUGGCACAUAAUUAGCCCUAUUACACAUUAAAACUGAAUAUUUCCAUAUAGUUUUGAAACUGAAAUAAACAUUCAUUUUAAUUAGUUAUGGAAUUGCAUCUCAUAGUAUAUUUAUUGUAUAUAUCAACUUUUCUGUAUUGAAUAUACUUGUUCACAUUGUGGAAUAACUAUAUAAAAAGUUCCUAAAAAGCUUGUACUAUACAUUCCAUGAACAGUAAAUAUGCAUUUAAUAUUUAAAA